UGCCAUGUGACGAGCGCCAAAGUUUGCAAUAUGGCCCAACGGCGUCGUGUCCAUUUGCGCGAUUUAUUGAAAUAAUAUUAUUAAACAGUAAACUGACUGUUAUGCAUUUGUGAUAAAAACUCUUCACCGAAAGAUGAGCAAUCUUUUGUGAGAGUGUAUUUUGUACAGUUUAUAUAAUAGUGUAUAUGAUAGCCUAUAUAAUAACGGACGAUCAGGAAACUCAAUUUCCACCUUUGUGAGCUUUCCUUUUAAACAUGGGUAUUACCGGCUUGAUUCCUUUUUUAGAGAAAUCCUCCAAGCGAGGAAAUAUCUCUCAAUUUUCUGGUGGAUCUGUUGCUAUUGAUACAUAUUGUUGGCUACACAAAGGUGCUUUCUUCUGUGCCGAUAAACUCAUAAUGGGUCAACACACGGAUGCACACAUUAAGUAUUGUAUGAAGUUUAUAGACAUGUUGCUUGCAAAUAAAAUCAAACCAAUCUUGGUUUUUGACGGGCGGCAUUUACCUGCCAAAGCAAAAACAGAAACAAAGAGAAGAGAAUUACGACAAGUAAAUCGACAAAGAGCAGCCGAGUUAAUGAAAAUGGGACAAAUUGCAGAAGGAAGAAACUUAUUAAGGAGGUCCCUUGAUAUUACUCAUGAGAUGGCUUUAAAUCUGAUUAAAGAAUGUCAAAAAAGAAAUAUAGAUUGCAUUGUAGCUCCAUAUGAAGCUGAUGCUCAAUUGGCAUAUUUAAAUACUUCUGGUAUUGUUGAUGUUGUUAUUACCGAAGACAGUGAUUUAACAUUAUUUGGCUGUAAAAAGAUAUUUUUUAAAAUGGAUGUAAAUGGUAAUGGCGUUCUAGUUGAACAGAACCGGCUUCAUUUAGCAAUGGGUUUACGUGUGGAGCACUUCGAUAUGGAUAAAUUUCGUCACAUGUGUAUAUUAUCUGGGUGUGAUUAUUUAGCAUCAUUGCCAGGUAUUGGACUCAGCAAAGCAUGCAAGUUCAUUGUUAAAAAUACAGAUUCUGAUAUAUGCAGGGCUCUUACACGGUUAGCAUCGCAUCUUAAUAUGAAGUCUUUGAAUGUCUCUGAAGAGUAUCGAGAUGCAUUUAUACUAGCUGUUAUUACGUUUAAGCAUCAGUUGGUAUUUUGUCCUUUACAAAGAAAACAAGUACGUUUAAAUCCACCUCCUUCACACAUUACCAAGGAGCAAUUGCAUUACGCUGGUGAUUUAUUACCUGAGGAUGUUGCAUGGCAAAUCGCACUUGGCAACUGUGAUCCCUUUACAUUGAAGAAACUUCAUAACUUUGAUCCAGAUAAUGUACAGAAUACACAAAAAAUUAACCCAUGGAAAGAAAAUAAUGUAACGAAUCAUACAAGUAUUUGGAGCAAAGAUUACAAAUUAAAAUCACAGGAGAUUACCAUGACAGAAUCUACAACAGUAUGGCCUAACACGUUUGCUCGAAAAAUGACUCUAGAAACUAAAAGCCUAAAAAUGGCAGUUACCCCAAGAAAACGUAAUUACCAAGAAUUCCAAGAAUUAUCUAAAGAAGAUCUUUUAAAAAUGUAUAGCUAUAAUGAUUCAAAUACUGAUACAAAUUCAACUGAAACAAGUAAAAGCCCAAGUGCUACCUUACAAUCUCCUCCUGAAGAAAAAAUAAUUUUAUCACCUGUAUUAAGUACUCGCCACAAUCCAUUUUCUGUUAAAAAACAGUUUAAUGAAACAUCUCCCGAAUUAAUAUGUAAAGAGCAAAGACGAAUGAAAUCCAGACGCUUAUUACGAUUCAAACCUACUGUGAUAGAUGAAACUGCUGUGCCGCAAAGUAAAUUUUUUGCAAAACUUUCUGAAAUCAAAGAUAUUGACAACGUAGACAAUUCACUUACAUUGUGUAACAGCUUCGAGAAUAUCAUUCAUGGAAGUGACGAUUCAAAAGAAAAUGAUAAUAUGGAAUCUGAUAUCACAAAUGCAGAAAUAAAUACUAAGAUGACUCCUGCAGAUAAGCGAAUUAGAAACAAUGAAGCUAAUGCCUACUGCAGUCAAGAAUCGUAUAGUAAUAGCAAUAGCGAACCAGAAUCACCUCUCCCAACAGAUUCCGAUAAUUUUACCAUGACAAAUACACUCCACACGAGUAUUGACAUAACAAGUGUUAUUGAAGAAAAAACGUCAAGAGAACCUAGUCCAUGUUCAGAGGUAGAACAUGCAUUACAAAGUACCCAUAGAUAUACUUUACGUAGUAGUUUUUUCAAAUGGACAAAUACAAAAACUGGGACACCAAAUAGUGUUUCAAAAGCCAAAGUGGUGAAACCUAAUUCUAAGCGAGUUUCGAACAAUGAUAAGCUAGGCAAAAAGGCACCUCUCAAGAGGAGUGUUUCCUUGGAACAGGGUCAACAAGGUCUUCUAAGUAUGUAUGGCUUCCAAAAAAAGACAGCCUUAAAACAUUAAUAAGUGAAAUAUAUAAGACUAGCGCGAUUUUUAUAUCGUUGCAGGCAACUAUGAUCAGUAGUUUUAUUCUGGAUCCUUAUACAGGCGUUACUAUUUUUUUACAUUGUUUGUAUAUACUACGCAAAAUAUGUGCUUUUUCAAGCGUAUCAUUUUUUGAAUCUAUCAAAAAAUAUUGAAGAUUCUAUAAAGAGCUUCUUUCACCGCAAUUUAAGUUACUACCCGUCAGGUAAACUAUUAUUUGUAAACUUUUUGUAAAAGUAUAUGAUCAUGUGACAUAUGUCACCUUGGACUAUGAGACUUGUCUCGUAUAAUUGUGGAUGAAUUUUUUUUGUAUAAAAAGUAGCAAAAUGAAAACAGUUCAAUUGUAAUAUUACCCCUUUACAAUUCUAUCAGUAGUAAAUUCUCAAAAUAAAAAAUAACUGAAGACUUA